AUGGCUGCAAAUGGAGUUUUGUUCCCCGGAGGCUGCGCACAGUGUACCUGCUCAGAAGAGCAGAAUGAGAUCCAUGCUGUGGAGGGCCAAGCCAUUGAGGUCGGCGUUGCUGUCCUGUCCGUUCCUUCAGGUGAACCCAGUGAGCGGAGCGAGGGCGAACCGCCCGCCAACUCUGACGAGCCCAAUGCCGUCUGCCCAGAGGAGGAUGGGGAGAUCCGAGAGUCGGCGAUCGAUUUCCACAAGGACCUGAACAACUGGGUGACGGAAGUAUCCGAGGUGUUCCAUUAUCGGGUCUUCUUCAUCGAACUCGUCGGACAGUUGCUCUACAGCAUCUUUGGGCCACUAUCAUACCCCGUACUGCUGAUGCUGUAUCGUGGGAAAACUGGUCUCAAGAACAGAGGUUUCUGGAUCUUUUCCAAAAUCGAUGCAUCCACCAUUACCCAGUUCGUGACUUGGGCAUGUCUCUUCUCGGCGCUCAUUGCCAUGUAUUUCUUCGAUGACAAAAAUGAAGUCACGCUGAUUGAGAAGAAGCUGACGAUUAUCGGGCUGCUUAUGCGGAAUGCCCCGGUUGCAACGAAGUAUGCUUACACAUCCACCCCGACCUGGAAUGAAUUGAACACGACUUUCGUUGAUGCGAAGUACAGAAGGUACAUGAAUUUGCUCACUGGCUGGUUGCGUAUCCCCGCUGAAAACUUUGAUUUGCAAGCAGAAGUCGCUUUCGUGACGAUUGUCGGUUCGCGCAAGCAGCGGAGCCAAACCCUCCUGAAGUUCUUGCCGUGGCCACGCUCAGAGCACGAGCUGUUCGUCCUGCGCGAGCGUGUAGACGUAACAAGCAAGACCAUGUUCUAUGCACCUACUGGGCGGAUCCUCCGUGAGAAGACUCGGCUUCGAAAAGCAGAGCAGCAGCAAAUUUUGCAAUUUGAAGAAGAAGACGAGGGGAGCCCCAACGAUGUAUUUUCCAGCAAGUCCCGGCCAGCCGCGACCGACCUUGGUCAGAUUCGAGCGGGCUUGGUCAAUGCAGAGUCGAGCAGGCAGUUGCCUCCCGAUGACACAAUCCCACAACCAGGCCUCAUCGACGAGCAUAAGGACCACGACACGGACAUCUUCCGAGCAGCAGCUGCAGGCCAGGAGGUGCCAAUUCAGGACUUGUUUCUGUACAUGCUUCGUGGCGUCAUGCGGAGCGAACGUGCGGUCAUACCUCCGCUCUUUCGACCGCUGGCUCUGUUCACGACUUGCCUCGUGCUCCUCCCUUCCCUUCUUCGGGGCCUGAAGUCCGACGGAUAUGGAUGGACGGGCAUGUUCGGCACAGGAGUUGGUGCUCACAUUGCCAUCAUCGGCAUGUUUCCGUCAGCCUUCGGAUGCUUUCUUUCUUCAAGCAUCUUCAUGGUCACGGGUGCGAUUGAUAUCUGGAGGAGACGGGCGCUGAUGCGGAGCUGUGCUGCCAUGCUGACCGUGCAGCGUGAAUUCCGACGCCACUGCCCCGCAGAGGUGGACAUGCUUCCAAUUCUCGACUUGAGCGACGUCAAAACCAUUGUUGGGUGGCGAAAGCUUCGGCAGCUAUGCAACGAAUGGGGCAAGUUCUAUCACGUGCGCAUUCGAGCUUUCAUGGCACAAUUCUUUUUCCUGAUGCUGGUCAUCGUUGGAGACUUGAUCGCUGGCAUGCUGCUUUAUCCUGAUUAUACAGAGAUCAGUGGUGUGGAUGUGACCUCGAUGACCGUGUCCGGGGGCAUUUGCGCCCUUCUCAUCUGUGGCAUCGUGCUCAUGGUCUUCUUGGGCAACGAGGUGAAUGCUGCAGUCGAUCGUCAUGUCUACUUACUUUAUCGCCAGCGGAGCCUGAUGCUGGCAAAGCGCUUUGAUGACCCGCGGUUUAAGAGCAAGAAAUGUGAGAGCCGGCCACUGGAAGCAGCCAAGCUGGCAGAAUGCACGGAGCUUAUCGGCGGUGUUUGCGAGGAACUUGACUUCGAAGGGAAGGUGAGGCCUUUGACUCUCUUCGGGCUUCGACUGGGAUGGUCGCUGCUUUCGGCCCUGAACUUUAUCCCCUUGGGCAUUGCGACCACUGUCUUCAGUUUCUGCAGUGCGGAAGAGACAAAAGCAAGAUGCGAGUUCUGA